CAUCCAGCAACAACCACACGCCAGGCCAGAAGCGCCUCCAUUUCGAACGAAAUCCCGAACCGCAACUCCCAAGAAAACCAUGGAUUCGUCGAAUCCGCAGACGGCCGAAGGGUCUCUGAGUUGGAGACUCAGUGCCCAUCCCAUUACGCUGCUAACCUUCCUCGCAUUCCGAAUCUGUAAGUGGCAUUCAUUCAGGCCCGGUGCAUUGGAGUUUCGGCGUAACUAAUAGAAAAAUGAUGGGUAGCUUCGCUAUUGGUCUACCUACUAGGAAUCUUAUUCACGGAUAACUUGUAUUUCUCUCCUUCCCUUCCCUCCUUCCUUUGUCUCUGCGAUGGACGAACGUCAUAGCUAAGCAGAGUGUUUGUAGUGUCCUCAUCUUCAUCAUCACCAUCCUCCUCCUAGCAGCCGACUUCUACUACCUCAAAAACAUCGCGGGACGACGCCUCGUCGGUCUGCGGUGGUGGAACGAAGUGCACCCCGAGACGGGGGAUUCGCACUGGGUCUUUGAGUCGUCGGAUCCGACGACGAAGCGGAUUAGCGCGACGGAUCGCCGGUUCUUUUGGUUGGCGUUGUAUUCGCAGCCCUUGCUUUGGAUUGCGCUGGCGUUUGUGGCGAUAUUGAAGUUUGAGUUUAUUUGGUUGACGCUUGUUGGUAUGUUUGUAUUUUGUUUCCCCGCGUUCAUGGGCGAGGAGUGAUGGACUUGGAGAUGGGAGGGUAUAGAAGAGGAUAGAUGAUGGGAAGGAAGUAAAGGCGCCAUGCUAACUGGGGAUACAGUCAUCGCACUAAGUCUCACCGUAACCAACACCCUCGCCUUCUCACGCUGCGAUAAAUUCGGACAGGCAUCGAAUCUGGCCGGGUCCGCACUGCUCUCGGGGGGGAUGGCGAGUAACCUGGCCACGGGAAUGAUUGGACGGUUCUUCUCGCGAUGAGAAAGUGGAACACGGGAUAGCUUUUGCAAUUAGGAUGUUUGGUUUCUACAACAGUACGCGCGCGGGGAAUCACGCAGAAAAAGGGGGUGGAGAGUGUAUGAUACCAUAUAUGUAUUAUUUUUGGCGGGGCUUUGGGUGAUUGGCGCGGUUGCGCUUGUGUUUAAGACGGAGUAUUUUGCUAAUUCAUGGGUUCUUUCUCUGGUGUAUGUGAUCGCUGCUCUUUGCGAAAGCUAGUAUAUAAGGGGACUUGCUGUCUCUCUCUCUUCUUAUAGCUUUCUAGCCCCUUUCCUUGGGUCGGCUAAGCGAUAUCCAGUAAGAGGGCGAUGAGGUCGUAUACCAAAGUACAAGUGUACAAAAGUAGGUUGAAACCCCGCCUUCACGAUACUCAAACGAAUAAAUC